AUGGUAUGUGGAAAGAAGAGUGCACUGGAGGGUCAGGAAGUUGAAAGCAAGGCCCGAUGUUUCUGGACACUGGACGAUGAAACGCACCUCAUCCAGUACAUCGCUGCCCACCAUGCUAAGGGUGGUGACAGAAUGAACUUUGACAAGACCUUCUGGACCGCUGCUUCUAUUGAGACAUCUAAACAUACCACACAAGGUGCACCAAAGACAAUCAAUGCAUGCCAAUCGAAAUGGGCAUGGCUCCAUAGCACGUUCAGUGUUGUAGAUUCAAUUGCGACCUAUUCUGGAUGGGAGUACAGUCUGGAGCGUGGCGCCAACGUCACAGCUGAAUCUGAGAUGGUAUGGACUGACUACAUGGGCUCAUCGAAAGCUCCUCUCACUGCAAAGAAGUUUAAGAAUAAAGGCUGGCCCCACUAUGAAGCAAUGAAGGAACUCCUACCAUCGGCAAAGACACAUGGAAGCCGUGCUUUCUACACCUGCAUGCCUGCUGACAAUGCUGCACUGGUAGGGGCUUCGAGUCAUGCUACCUCUUCUCACCUCCCAGAUGGCAUGAGUUAUGAUGAAGCCAAUAUACUCGACCAGGAGGAAGCAUUGAACGACAUCGAGUCGCAGGAUGUAGAUAUCGCCAUGAUGCCGCCACCCUCCACCAUCAUGACUGAGCCACCCUCUCCCUUUAAUCCAAUGCAACGGCCCACCUUCACUCCCUCUACACCAGGUACUUCUACCAUUGCCAGCGGCAAACAAAAAGCAGCUGGAGAAUCAGGUGAUAACAUGAGGUCGCUUGCUCGCCCUCCGGGCUCUACGAAAUCUGCAUCCGAGUCAGGGAAGUCCGUCAAGUCACCACGUGUGGCUGUCCCAGAAGCUUUCCAAAGCAUGUCCAAGGAGAUCCAUAAUCUCUCCACCUCCUUUGAUCGUGCAACAGAUGUCAUGCAUGAGCGCGCAACUCAGGUUGCCUCGCGCCCCACGGUGGAUCCCAUUCCGGUGCGCAAGCAGAAGGCUAUCAUUCAGCUUCAGAAGGAGGGUCUGGAGGACCAUGAGAUCAUUGAAAUUAUCAAGCAUUUCCAAGCAGAUGUUUCCAUAGCUGAUUCGUACCUUGUCAUUGAGAAGGAGAGCGUCCGGAAGCUUUUCUUAUCAACAUACUUGAAGUAA